UACAUGCUGCGGCUUGAGAGAGGACUCCAUUACAGUCUCCAGACAGAACAGGUUCUUAUAGAAGAAGAGGAGCAGGACGUUUCUCUGGUUCCUCCUGAUCACGUUUCUCCAGUGAUUUGUCAGAAUCUCCACUAACGGAUCGAGUUUCUUUGGUUCAGGUUAUUUUUUUAAGUUUUACAGCUCAUAGGAAGCAGCAUCCAUCUCUUCACUAUGAACCGUCCCUCGUCCCAGUUUACGAUGUACUGGUUCAUUUCAACUGUUUGGAUUCUCUUCACCUUCACGCAUGUUGCCGCUCGAUCAGUUCUAAGAGACAGACAAGGACCAGAUGUCAUCAAAGUGUUUGUGACAGAAGGGGAUGAUGUCAUCCUGCCCUGCUCUCCACGACCCAACGUGAACAUCGAAGCAACAGUGUUCGACUGGAAGAGAAAUAACAAGGAGGUGUUCAUGUUCACUAAGGACAAAUUCUUCGGAAACAGCCGAGCGGAUCAGGAUCAGGAUUUUAAAGGACGAGUUUCUCAUUUUGAUGAAGAGCUGAAGCACGGAAACGCCUCCAUACUCCUCAGAGACACCAGGAUCACUGACAGUGGGAACUACACCUGCAUCUUUCCUCAUCUUGUGCCAGAGCAAACAUGCAGGAUUGAGCUGGUUGUUGGACCAGAUGUCAUCAAAGUGUUUGUGACAGAAGGGGAUGAUGUCAUCCUGCCCUGCUCUCCACGACCCAACGUGAGCAUUGAAGCAACAGUGUUCGACUGGAAGAGAAAUAACAAGGAGGUGUUCAUGUUCACUAAGGACAAAUUCUUCGGAAACAGCCGAGCGGAUCAGGAUCAGGAUUUUAAAGGACGAGUUUCUCAUUUUGAUGAAGAGCUGAAGCACGGAAACGCCUCCAUACUCCUCAGAGACACCAGGAUCACUGACAGUGGGAACUACACCUGCAUCUUUCCUCAUCUUGUGCCAGAGCAAACAUGCAGGAUUGAGCUGGUUGUUGGACCAGAUGUCAUCAAAGUGUUUGUGACAGAAGGGGAUGAUGUCAUCCUGCCCUGCUCUCCACGACCCAACGUGAGCAUUGAAGCAACAGUGUUCGACUGGAAGAGAAAUAACAAGGAGGUGUUCCUGUUCGAUAACAGCAGCUACUUUGGAAAUGGCCGAGCGGAUCAGGAUCAGGAUUUUAAAGGACGAGUUUCUCAUUUUGCUGAAGAGCUGAAGCACGGAAACGCCUCCAUACUCCUCAGAGACACCAGGACUACUGACAGUGGGAACUACACCUGCAUCUUUCCUCAUCUUGUGCCAGAGCAAAGAUACAGGAUUGAUCUGGUUGUUGGUGCAGCUACAACUCCAUAUGUAAAGAUACGUAACAUCACAGGAGAUGGGGUGCUACUGGAGUGUUUGGUUACAGGUGCUCAUCCAGAGCCUCAGGUCGAGUGGCAGACGAGUGAUGGGAUCGUGGUCCCUGCUGAGGAACCACAGGUCUCUCCAAGAGGACACCGCUUUGACGUCCUCCUCCUCACCACCGUGAAGAAGACCACUACCAACAUGUACCGCUGUGUGGUCAAGCAGGAGGGCUUCGGCCAUGUGAUCCACAAUGAGCUCCUUGUGCCAGACAAUCUCUUCGAGGACAAGACCUCCCAUUGUACCAGUGUGCCCAUGGUUGUGAUAAUAACUAUUAUAGUAACUCUGGUUAUUCCACUUCUGGUUAUUGCACUUCUAGUAAAGACCAUCAUGAACCAGAGGAAAAACGCAAAGCAGAAAGGAUCACCAACAGAAGUUCUCCCACUGAACGGUCAUCAGCUGAGUAACGGAUCAUGAUCUACACAGACAACACUUUAGGGAAAUUCUGCAAUAAUGGUUGAUGUCAUCAGUAUUUUUCACAAAAUUGGAAACCUGCAUUGUAUCUGUGUCAAUCAUAUUGUUUUUAAAAAGCCUGUAUUCACAAACCAAAGUUAGCAUCAUGGGGCUGAACAAGGUGAGACCUCCUUGAGCUGCUUCUGGACUCAUCUCUCUCUUGUCACAGUGCAGCUAACAGGAGAAUGUCAGGGACUUUAUGUAGAUGCUGUUUCAGAUCAUGAUGCUGUCGCUCUGAAGAAAAGGAAAAUAUCAGGCUUUAGAUUUUUAGGAAUUUGAAGGAAAAGAAGUGAAAAGUGAUUAAUUUGUAUAUACUUUGUAAAUAUGUCAGAAUAUAAUAUCAAAGUCUACCUUAGAACUGUGAAACGUCAGAGGAAGACACGAAUGGGCCAGUUUUCUUAAAGUGGUCAGGCAAUUUAAAGCUUUAGUUCGGUGCAUAUUCAACUUCAUUUUUAAUCUGUUAACACCAAGUAUUCUGCAGUAUCAUGUCUUCCUGAUAAAAUCAUGGUCAGCUGAGAGGAUGUUCACAAGAAGGUUGAUGGUUAGAUUCUAAGCACACGAGCUCAAUGCACAAGUGUUCUUGUAAAUGCAUGUUUACAUUUUCAUGGGACGAUGUUUAACAGGGUACGUCAAUCUGGGAAAUGUGACUGCUGCGAUAAACGGAGCCUUAAAUAUUUUUCUAUUUGAAUGAAUCUAACACUUGAUUUUAAAUCCGACUACACUUGGAUUCAUAGUUUAAACUCACAUUUUAAUAGCACUGAAAUGGCCCUUACUACUCGCACUUUGCAGUUUGGCUUUCUGGUUGCUCUGGGUUUGUACCCUCAUGGUUGAUGCACUUAUUGGGGUGGCUGUGGCUGAGGGGGAGAGCGGUCGUCCUCCAACCUGAGGGCAGUUCGAUCCCCUGUCUUCCCCAUCUGCAUGCCGAAGUGUCCUUGGGCAAGAUGCUGACCCCCGAGCUGCCCCUCGUAGAACACUAAAGUGCUGCUAAUAGAUGCACUUUAUGAAUGGGUGAAUGUAAAACUGUACUGUAAAGCGCUUCGAGUCACCAAGACUACAAAAGCUCUUUAUAAAUACAAAGCCAUCUACUUGUUGUAAGUCGCUUUGGAUAAAAGCAUCUGCCAAAUUAAAUGAUGAGUCAGUGCCUUGAUGCAAUUUCCUCAAAUUUGGUGCAAAUAUCCAUUUUACUUCAGGAUGAACUUGACAUCUUAAGAUCAAUUUGAGGGAAAGUCUCAAAGAGGAGUUUGGUGCUUGAAGGUCUCGUCCCUGUGACCUCAUGUUACUGUUUCAGCUGCCAUGUGACUCUUACUGGAAGAAAACAAAGUAUUUGGACAGUAUUUUCUCAUCUGUUCUUUUUGCAAUUACUUAUUUUUUAAAUAACAUUUUAUACAUGUUGACAUUUUAAGAAUCCUCAGAGAUGUAUCUGUAUUGCAGCUAAAGUGAUUCUUAUUCCUUUGUACCUGCUCAACAUGUGACCAAAGCUUUUUACACUGUGAUGUCUGCGUAUAUAAAAAACUGAGUGAGUCUUGAAUCUGUUUCCUAUUCCUGUGAAAACGAUAUCUCGAGAACAACUUGAAGCAAUUUCUGUAAAUAUGGUGCAAACGUUCAGUGUAACUCAAAGAGGACGGUUGUGGCUGUGCAGUGGGUCGUCCUCUAACCAGAAGGUUGGUGGUUCGAUCCCCGUCUUCCCCAUUCCUGCUGCGUGCUUUUUAUAUCUUUUAUCUAAUAUAUAUAUUUUAUUUAGAUAUGUUUGUCUAAAUACAUGUUACUUUGUAAAAAUAUUAGAAAAAGGGAGUAAAUAAGAAGUAAAUGGUGAGUAAAAAUACAUUGUUUCUGUUUAUUGCUUUUCUUAUGUGUUGUAUUUAUUGUGUUUUAUGGUUUUAUGUUUCUAUGUUCAUUGUAUGCACCAAUCACCAGAGCAAAUUCCUUGUAAGUACAAACCUACUUGCCUAUAAAUACUUUCUGAUUCUGA